AUGCUACCGGCGGUAGAUUCAUUGGCCCUCGAGAGGCCAUACACAAAACACGAUAACAACAUCGCAGGCGAUCCUAACGGAUGGGCUGCAAGCGCUCACGUUCACUACCAAUGGAAACUCUUAGAUGGCAAUACCCCUGUCCCAGUACGUCCAGGGCGCAUUCUGCGUCAUGGUGGGAAACACCAUCUGCUGGUUCACAUUGCUUUACUGGAUACCGCACGCGCAGACAACCUUCUCUCAAGGAACGUACGCUUGUCCUCUUUCAUGUCUCCACCGAGGACUGCGCCCUCCUUUCUUCUGUACAUGCUACCGAAUGAUGACAACCGAUGGGAGAGUCAUGAGCUGCCUCAUGAGGAUCACCUAUAUAAAGCCCCUUAA